CUUGCAUCAUUCGAGAGGGAGGGAGGCAAAACCGGGGAGAGUUUGGACCAUAGUUGAAACCAGUCCGUCGGCCCGGAGGAGAGAGAGAGAGAGCGAGAGAACACAACGAAGUGGACAUGACUUUCUGAGAAGUUAAACUAUAUAUGCGUUUUGAAUUUUAAAGCGCUUUCUCCUCCACUCCACUCCGAGCCGGCGACAAGUGGGAGAGUUUGACUUUACAAAGCAGCAAGCCGUGUGAGGAGUUUGAUGACUGCCGGGGAAGUUGUAUGUACACUGUAGUCGUGCACCAACAGGACAGCAUCCAGUACACCGGUUACAUCAAAGUGUAUCCUGUGUAAAUGUACACGUUGAGCAAAGUGCAAGGUCCCCUCGGAGCACAGAUAUGAGCAGCGACCAGCUCUAACACACUGCUGCUCACCUUACCUCCACUGCUCACUUAAAUGUGCAUUUUAACACUUUUUAUUUCUACAAGAUAGCUGUGUUUUUUUUUUUUUCAACGCAAGAUGUCGUGCCUGUUGCUAGGAGUCUUAAGAAGACAUGGAGCUGUUGGAUCAAGUGUUGGGAUUCGGUCCCUGGCCUCCAUCCCCUCGCUGCCUCCAGCAGUAGCUGAGUUUGUGAGGGGAGCGGUGGAUGAGUGUAAACCCACUAAUGUGCAUGUGGUGACGGGGACGCCAGAGGAAACGGCAAACAUCCUGGCAGGUCUGGAGAAGGAAGGGAUGGUCAAGAGGCUUCCCAAAUAUGAGAACUGUUGGUUGGCCCGUACAGACCCGAAAGAUGUUGCUCGAGUGGAAAGCAAGACUGUGAUUGUCACCAAGAACCAGAAAGACACCAUCCCUAUUCCUGCUGGAGGAGUGAAGAGCCAGCUGGGCAGCUGGAUGAGCGAGUCUGACUGGCAGAAGGCCAGAGAGGAGCGUUUCCCUGGCUGCAUGGCAGGUCGCACAAUGUAUGUGAUUCCCUUCAGUAUGGGUCCUGUGGGCUCCAGUCUGACUAAAUAUGGUGUCCAGGUGACUGACUCGCCAUAUGUUGUUGCCAGUAUGGGGAUCAUGACUCGCAUGGGCACUCCUGUCCUGAAUAGACUCGCUGAAGGAGAAGAGUUUGUCCGCUGCCAGCACUCUUUAGGACGGCCUUUACCGCUUAAGGCUCCUUUGGUAAACUCGUGGCCCUGUAACCCAGAGCAGGUGCUGAUAUCUCACCUGCCCGACAUGAGACGGAUCAUGUCCUUCGGCAGUGGCUAUGGAGGAAACUCUCUCUUGGGGAAGAAGUGCUUUGCCCUCCGCAUUGCCUCCCGCAUUGCAAAGGAUGAGGGUUGGCUGGCUGAACACAUGCUAAUCCUGGGCAUUACUAACCCUCAGGGUGUCAAGCGUUAUGUGGCAGCAGCCUUCCCCAGCGCCUGCGGUAAAACCAACUUAGCCAUGAUGAAACCAUCUCUGCCAGGCUGGAAGGUUGAGUGUGUAGGCGAUGACAUUGCAUGGAUGAAGUUUGACAGCCAAGGUAAACUGAGAGCUAUCAACCCAGAGAACGGCUUCUUCGGUGUGGCUCCCGGCACCUCAGAUAAGACUAACCCCUACGCCAUGGCCACCAUUGCCAAAAACACUAUGUUCACGAACGUUGGGGAGACCAGUGAUGGGGGAGUGUGGUGGGAAGGCCUUGACCCCCCUGCAGCUGGGAUCACACUCACAGACUGGCAUGGCAAAGCCUGGAAGCAAGGAAGCUCAACUCCGUGUGCCCACCCCAAUUCCCGCUUCUGUGCUCCGGCGGCCCAGUGUCCCAUCAUCGACCCCCAGUGGGAGAGUGAGGAGGGCGUGCCCAUUGAUGCCAUUAUUUUUGGUGGCAGGAGGCCAGAAGGAGUUCCUCUGGUCUAUGAGUCCUUCAACUGGCAGCACGGAGUCUUUGUUGGAGCAGCCAUGAGGUCAGAGGCCACGGCAGCUGCUGAGCAUAAAGGAAAGGUCAUUAUGCAUGACCCCUUUGCCAUGCGUCCAUUCUUCGGUUACAACUUUGGUGACUACCUCGCUCACUGGUUGAGCAUGGAGCGCAGGAAGGGCCCCACUCAUUUACCCAAGAUCUUCCAUGUUAACUGGUUCAGGAAGGACCCUGCAUCUGGCUCCUUCCUCUGGCCCGGAUUUGGUGAAAAUGCCCGCGUGCUGGAGUGGAUCUUCAAGCGCUGCGGCAGGGAGAGUGAGGAUGAAGCUGCCAAGAAGAGCAUUAUCGGCUGGCUGCCAGUAGAUGGCGCCGUCGACACUAAAGGUCUGAGUGGCAACGUGGAUAUGGGUGCUCUGUUUGACGUGCCCGUGCCUUUCUGGCAGAAGGAGACAAAAGAGUUGAGAGCUUACUUCAGUCAGCAGGUUGGAGCUGAUCUGCCAGCUCAGGUGGAGGCUGAGCUGAAGGCUCUGGAGGACAGAGUGCACAAUUAAAAACCUACUAACAUGAAGUCCAUCCAGAAACAGGGAGGUGGUCACUGACUCAACAUUUAGACCAUCAGGGUGCAACCAGAGUCACUGGCUGGGUUCACAUACACAGAGAAGUUAACAUUUGAAGGGGUUCAGUUCAGGAAAAGUGAAGACAGAUGUUCUUUCUCUGUGAACACAGUCAGUGAUUCUAGUGAAAAUAAUCUACGAUGCAGAUCCUACACAUUGACACUACUUGACAUGAAUGCUGCAUCACUGAGGGACAGGUUUGCUUUGCAACAUGAAGGUUAGAUUUGUUUGUAGUUGUUAAACUUGUCAUCAAGAGAAGCAUAUGUCUACCUCUAUUCUCUCACAUAACCUGGCAUGGUCCUAAAGCCCAGUCACCCUGACUCUGUAGGGCCUUUGUGACAUUUAGCAAUACAGUUUCUAGACCUCUAAUGUUUACAGGCUAAUACCCAAAGAUUUAGCAAAAUUCUGACAGAGAUGGAUGAGUUUUUAACAUUUUAUUUACAAAAAGAUUUCAAAUGAAUUUUAAGCAUCAGUUGUUUAAGGAUGCUUUAUUAAAAGUGCAACAGAACACUCUUAAUAUUCACAUAUACACAAAAUAAAAAGUCCUGUAAGUAGUCAAUAUAUUAAUUCAUGUGCCCAACGUAUACUAUGCAUAAUCCAUUUUUCCACUUUUGUAAUGUUUGUGAUUCAAUUCCUUGAUUUCAGGUGAUGUUUACACAUAAAUAUAAAAUGUUGGACCAAUAAGUGCGACUGAGAUUAUUAGGUAUUUUGAGGAGACAAGGUUUUUAUUACAGUGCAAUGAAUAAAUAUCUUCAAAAGCAGAAA